AUGCCUCAUAGAAGCCAGGCUUCCCUGAAGGCCUACCGCAGGUUGGCCUACGCCUCGCGGCGCGGCCGGCCCAUCGCCAUCUUCGACGUCGACACCAGCACUGACAGCAUGCAGCCCACUGGCACGAAGUACAUCGCCAUCGCGGUCCACAGGAACCACGAGCGGGGCGAGAAGAAGGAGCACGACGAUAACGAGAACUUGGACGGUUGCAUCGUAUGCGACGCCCUGUUCGCCACCUUCAGCCUCGUCGGCCACUACCUCGACUGCAACAUCUUCGCAGACCAGUCCUGGGAAACCACCUCCGGCUGCUGCACCCUCCGGCGCGUCGCCGUCGUUGUGGCGGCCGUCCUCGUGGCGGGGGCCGCGGCGGCGGGCACCUCCUACGCGCUGGCGCCAGGUCUGCUCGAGCCGGCGCUGGCGCCGUUCGGGCUGGCGCCCCCGCCGAGCGCGGCCCCACCCGCGGAGCCUGCGGGCGGCGGGCAGGGCGGGCAGGGCGGCCCGAGGAGCGGCGGCGGUGCCGCCACGACGUCGCUGUCGCAGAGCCACCCCGCGGGGGCCACGGAGCUCCAGGUAGAGUCCUCGCAGGGCUUCGAGGUGGGAGACAGCAUCACCAUCUCGAACGGCGACGAGUUUUCGGAGGAUAAAAAGAUAGUGGAGCUGGGCUCCAUCCUCCUGGACGCGCCGCUCGAGCACGAGUUUCCCGCUGGCUCCAAGGUCGCGAAGAAGACCGCCUUGAAGGACAAGGACGAGGAGGCGUCCGUGGACGAGGAGGCGUCCGUGGACGACGAAGAGUCAGACAAGGAGGCCGCCAACGUGGACCCCAAGCACUACGGGCCAAAGCCGAUAACAUUCUACCUGUACCGGGCGACCGGCGACACCGAUUAUCCACUGGAGAAUGUGAAUGUUGGCGAUCUGCCAGGGGUGAUGUGGUACUUACACAACGAGAUCGUGGGCGCACCGAUCCGGAAGUACGGCAUUGACAGGAUCAGGCGGUACAAGAUCAAGAUGCGGCCAGUGGUGGAGUUCUGGAACGUGCACCACACUUACUUCGGUCCCUUCAUGGCCUACGACAUGGCCAGGUGUCAGACACCAUCUUGUAAAGACGUCUAUCGCGCCUACGGCUACAUCGUUGGGUGCCAGUCGGUUACGCCAGGGAGGUCGGGGUACGAGGCGCUUCAGGACACUAUGAGCGAGAAAGCAUGCUCUGCCCCCGAGCUCAGCUGCAGAUCGCCGAUGUGGUAUUCAUUGCCUGGUGCCUGUCCGCUGAAGAAGAUUAGCCUGGAAGCGAUCACCGAGCACCAGAAGGAUCACGGCAUCGAAAACAGCCUGGACACUCACUUGGUGGCGAACAGCCCAGACGAGGCGAAGACCGACGAGUGCAGGGCCGCCGAACCAGGCGGGCGGUGCGAAGGUGAGCCCACUGGAGCCCCGGACUGCGUGUAUUCCGUGGAGGACGCCGGGGAGAUCAUGCUGGACGAGUUGGUGGGCAUCAAGCCGAACUUUGGCGAAUGGUUUGUCAACAUCUCUGUGACGCGAGAGUACAACACCCACACAGACAAGGGCAUCGGCGUCAGCUUCUGGGACGGCAGGGACGACAAGGAAAAGUGCAUGGACAGGCUGACGGCGGCAAUGGCGAUGUUUGAGCAGAAGCACGGGUCCGAGUCGGACUUGACCGAAGGGCAGCCCGUGUGCGACUUCGACUCCUGGUACGACGGAGAGUUCACCUGGCCGCGGAACCACACAGGCGCCGUCGAGCCCUCCAGGGGCUUCACGUGGGAGGACAACGACGCCAUCGUAUAG